CAUACCUUUGGGACAAUGUCUCGGAGAUGACGAGCGAUCCAAUGGUCAUGUACAGGCAGUACACUGCGGAGUUGGACACUCUUACCGCUGAGCAGGUGGAAUGGGAGCCAUAUGGUAGCUACUACCAUAUUGGCGCGGGGAUGGCUGACCUCAACCACAAGUGCACGGAGGAGGCGCGGUUCUGGCGUAUGCGCUGCCCACUCAUAUGCAUGUGGCUUGUUGAGCACCACCAGCCGCAAAGAGUGAUGAGACAGUUUGGGCUGUAUCAGGAGUGCCCACCAGUGUGGCAAGACACGGACAAGGCGCUUCAUAGGUAAACUUCUGGAAUCAUGCGAUGGAAGAUUCUUGAUAGAAGAGGUACAAACUAACUUGUUGAUUCUUGCAGGCUUGAUAGGCAGCGGCAGAGGAAGAUCACAAAUUGGCCAGUCCAUCAUAGCGGCCACGUCGCAGCGUUCCAACACUGUUUGCAAGCGGCACGGAAUGCUGGCCCUGAGCAGAUUGUGCCUCACGACUUCGCCGCUUUCAACAACUACCUCGAGUGGUUCCAUGAGAACACGCGUAUCGAGUUAGUUAAGCACGCGUAUCCUGAGGAGAUCUUGGACGACCCCAUCCAGUUCGAUGAGGUUGGGCAAAGCCAGCACGACACCUUUGCUCGCAGAGGGAGAUCGACUUCUAUUGCUUCCGAGCUGAACUUCGUGGUAAUGGAUUCUCUCACUAACUAGUACAUCAUCUAGAUUGCCAUGUGCUCGCUUCAAUUGUGUAUGCUAUGUUUGUCAC